AUGGUGCCCAUCCUCAGCCUCUGCCUGCUGGGCAGCUCCGCUCUGCUCCUCAGCACCGCGCCCGGGGCUCAAGCUGCCCUGUGCCCGUUCCCACGGGUGUGGUACGGGACCGUGUCCCCUCGCCGCUAUUACUACCGGACGAGGGACACCGUGAGCGUCACCUGCAGCCCGGGCUACACCCUGCGGGGCCCCCGCAGCAGCACCUGCGGGGCUGCCUCCAGGUGGGACCCCCCUCUGCCGCAGUGCAAGAAGGAGGUGACAUGUCCUCGGCCACCGAGCAUCGCCAACGGGCUGCACACCGAGCACUCCUCGGGCAGCUUCUCCCGGGGCGUGACCGUGUCCUACAGCUGCCGGCAGGGCUUUGAGCUGCUCGGGAAACAGUGUGGGCACCCUGGUGAGCCUGUGAACGGCAAGAUCAUCUCCCUGACAAACCUCCAGUUUGGGUCUACAGUGGUUUACAGAUGUGAAGAAGGGCACAGGUUAAUUGGACAGGCCAGCAGGCGCUGUGAGAUCUCGGGGGGAGGUGUUGCAUGGACUGGCCACGUUCCCCUCUGUCAGCGCAUCCCCUGCGAGCCGCCUCCGGACAUCCCCCGCGGGCAGCACUCGGGCCGGCUGCUGAGCGAGUUCCACUACGGCACGGCCGUGACCUACAGCUGCCAGCCCGGCUUCCCCCUGCACGGGCACCCCUCUGUCCACUGCACCACCCACGACGGGCACAGCGGCGUCUGGAGCGAGCCCCUGCCCGCCUGUGGAGAGGCGAGCUGCCCUGUCCCACAGAUCCAGCACGGGAGGAUCGUGGCUGCCAGGUCUGCCUACGCACACAGGGACACCGUGACCUUUGAAUGUGAGCCAGGCUAUGCCAUCCGUGGCCACAGAGAGAUCCAGUGCCAGCCAAACAACACCUGGGAGCCGCCUGUGCCCGUCUGCGAGCAGGGUCUGACCUGCGCCGCCCCUCCGGCCGUCCCCAACGGGACACACAGCGGGGGCUCCAGGGACACCUUCUCCCUCGGGGACGUGGUCACCUACACCUGUGCCCCGGGGCUGGUCCUGGCUGGAGGAGCCUCCCUGUCCUGCACCUCGGUGGACGGGGAGCAUGGCACCUGGAGCGGGGCAGUGCCACGGUGCCAAGAGGUGACGUGCCCUGCCCCGCCGAGCAUUGCCAACGGGCAGCACGGUGCCAGCCCCGGUGCCAGGCACAGCCCGGGCUCGCUGGUGCUCUACACCUGCGCCGAGGGCUACUCCCUGCUGGGGAACGCCUCCAUCCGCUGCACUGCCAAGGGCACCUGGAGCCGGCCCCAGCCCCGCUGCCGAGGUGUGUUCGUGUGUUCUCGUGCCUUCCUCUGCCUGUCCCUCGCCUCCUUCCUCCUCCUUGGCUCCUGGUUUAGUCACUGCAACCAAACCCCCAGGGAGAGGCAGAGAGCAGAGGUGCCAGGGGCAGGAGGAGCCCCAUCAAUUGGCUGCACCAGGCCAGAGAUGGAGAAUGGAAAAGUGACAGGCUCAGAGACCACCUACAGCCUGGAGGACACCGUCAUCUUCGAGUGCAACUUUGGUUAUGCCUUGAAGGGCUCGCAAGAGUCUCAGUGCCAGUUUGGGGGCAAGUGGCACCCUCCUGUCCCCACCUGUGAGAAGCUGCCUUCGUGUCCUUCCCCUCCAACUAUCAGAAAUGGCCAGCACGACAGCAAGGGUGUGACAGAGUUCAUCCCUGGCAUGGCAGUGAAGUACCACUGUGACCCGGGCUACGUCCUCACCGGGAAAACCACGGUUUCCUGUUUGCCAUCGGGAGUCUGGAGCAUCCCUUACCCCUGGUGUGAAGGCUUCGUGCUGAGGGGCAGCCGUGGGGCCGAGUGCCAGCCCGACAGCCACUGGGUGCCUGCUGUGCCCACCUGCCAGCCAGUGCGGCUCUGCCCUCCGCCCCCCGUCAUCGCCCACGCCACGCUCAGCGCCGAGCCGGGGAUGAACUUCACCAGUGGCACCUCCGUGAGCUACAGCUGCCAGCCCGGCUUCUCCCUGCUCGGGGACCCCUCCGUGCUGUGCACGGCCUGGGGCAACUGGAGCCAUCCCUACCCACGCUGUGCAGUGCUGCAAUGCCCUUCACCUCCAAAUAUUGACAAAGGAAAGCACGACAGCCAGGACCUGGAGGUUUUUCCCACUGGGAUGGUUGUGAACUACAGCUGUGACCCUGGCUACAGCCUCCAGGGAGAGGCAUCCAUCUACUGCACCAACUCUGGCAACUGGAGCCUCCCUCUCCCUCAGUGUGCAGCCCCACAGAUCCAGAACGGGAGGGUGGCUGUCCCCAAGCCCCGCUACACCUACAGGGACUCUGUCACCUUUAAGUGCCACAGAGGCUUCACCCUGCGAGGCCACCCCACGUCCCGGUGCCGAGGUGACAGGAGGUGGCACCCACCCGUACCUGUCUGUGAGCAGGCUGGGAAGUGUCUGCAGCCUCCAAACAUCACCAAUGGGAGGCUGAAAGGCGACAGCUCUGCCGCCUUUCCCUCCGGAGCCGUUGUAUCCUACAGCUGCGAUCCUGGUUACUCCCUGCUUGGGAACGCUUCCAUCACCUGCACGGCCUCGGGAUCCUGGAGCCAGCCCCUGCCGCGGUGCCAAGAGAUCAGAUGUGAAUUCCCGGAUGUCCAAGGUGUUAAAAAAGCCAUUAAAGGAAAUACUUAUCGCUCUGGCACUAACAUCACUCUUGAAUGUGACGAUGGUUACAUGCUGGCAGGCAUCAGUCACACCCAGUGCCAAGAGGAUUUCAGCUGGGACCCUCCGGUGCCAGCCUGCAAACUGACAUCCCCCAAGUCCGGGUCAGUAGGCCUAGGAGUGGUAGCUGCAGCAGUUCUGCUGCUCCUGGGGGCAGGUGUUGUCUGGAAAAUAAUUUCCAAGCAGAAGGAAGGCUAUUAUCAUACGUAUGAAAACUAUAAUUACAGAACCCCCCUGAACCCAGACUCUGAACACAGAGGCUCGUGUCUGCCAUAGGAGGUAUGGAUUUAUAUUCCUCAGCACAAAAUACCAAUUAGAGCUGCAAUAACUA